AAGGGGGCGGGGUCUUAUCGAGGAAGAGGCACCGCUCGCGCGCGUCGCUGGGGUCGCCGCUCGGAGCCCGGCCCGGGCUGUCACCCAGGCAACUUCCAGAAGAACACUUGGCUUGGGUAUGGCUUUGAUUAACUUACAAAGUUUCCAGUUUUAUUCUUCUAGUGUACGCACAUGCAGAUCCCUGGGAACGCUAAGAAAAACCUUGAACCAAGGCAGACGGCUAAGGUCAUGGUGCUGUGGUUCCUCGGUCUUUGGCACAGUACUUUCAAGGGUUAGGUUUCGGUGUGUGUUUUGUAGAAACUACCACGCAGAACUCUGGAACCAGCAUAACUCCAUUAUGGGAACUGUACAUCUUCACAGAGAUGCUGGGAACAGUUCUAAAUCUGAUGGCAAAUGGAUAGAUCAACAAAAAAUUUUCAUGGAGCUGAACAGCUUGAAUUCAUCCAAUGAGAUUUUUAAAUUUCUGAGUUCUUUAGAAGUUAUAUCAGACACCAUGGCAGCAGCAGCUUUACAGAGGAUCUGUGAAUUUGAAGUGGAUGACAGUGGAUUGAAGAAUCCUGAAGCCAUAUUGGAGAAUGAAGUCUUCAGGUCAUUAUGCUUUCAGUUUGAACAUGAAUCACAAAAGCUGUCAGACACUGGUCUCGUGACUGCUUUGCAGGCUUUGAUAAAGUUGCGUGUAGAUCCCUGGAGUACUCUGAUUGUACGUUUGGUAUCAGAGAGCCAGAAACGGCUUGAUAAGGGACAAUUAACCAUUAGAAACCUGUGUAUUCUUGGAGAAAGCUUGCUUGAUUUGGAAGGCCCAGGUUGUACAAUGCUGGAACAAAUUGUGAACCAAGUACAAGGAAAAAAGCUUGAAGAAUGGACCUCUGAGGAAAUAGCAAUGGUUUAUGGAAUGCUGCAGAUGAGUAUUACAGAAGAAGGACAAUACCAAGACUUGUUAAACCACAUGAACAACAUCACUUUAACCUUAGCUCCCCAACUGAGUCCUAAAUUGAUAAGCAGAAUACUGAAGGCACUGGUUAUUCUUGACCAAACUCAGGCAAUCCCUUUAGUAAUAAGACUGUGUAAGUAUUCAGUGAGGCAUGUCCCUCAAUUCACAGAUGAUGAACUAGUAAAUGUGCUGGGAGCUUUCAUACAUUUUGGACACACCGACCAAUUCUUCACAGAAGCGCUGGAAAGGCUUGUUCCCAAAUCCUCCUUCACCAUGCACCCUGAAGCAGUCAGCAGAGUCAUGCAGUACUGCUGCAGAAAGCUGAUCCGUUCUAAGCCCAUCUUUGAUGCCGUGGCAGAAAGUUUUGCUUAUAAUGCCGACAAAUACACCACCAAACAGAUUGCUGAGUAUAUUGUUCCAUUUGGGACACUCAGUUACCUACCACCAAGUGCUCCCUCUGUCUUCAGAAAACUUGAAAGGAUACUAAAUGCUCGCUUUACUCAGUUUCAGCCUCACACCCUGCUGAAUCUGCUCCACUCAUGCACCCUUAUUGAGCGCUAUCCAGUAAACUUUCUGGCAAAAAUAUUUAACCCCUAUUUUAUUCAACAGCUGCAGGCUCAAACACCAGGUUUGGACAGAUUUGUCCUCUCACAGCUGACCCAGCUGUUUUUAACAGUUACCCUGGAGUGUCCCUUCUAUGAGGGUCCUAAACUCCUUCCAAAGUAUCGAGUAAAGUCCUUUCUCGUACCUGGCCGUUCACUGGAGUCCUCUGUGGAUGUUCACUUCUACAACAGGGUGAAGACUGGACUAGUUGAUUUGCUAGGAACAAGAAUGUAUUUUGCUUCUCAUGUGUUGACACCAUAUUGCUAUACAUUAGAUGUUGAGAUUAAAUUAGAUGAAGAAGGCUUCGUAUUACCUGCCACCCGAUAUGAGGAGGUGCACAGGAGAAUAGCCCUGUGUAUUGAUGGUCCAAAGAGGUUUUGCAGCAACAACCACAGUCUUCUAGGCAAAGAAGCUAUUAAACAAAGACAUUUGCAGUUACUUGGUUAUGAAGUUGUGCAGAUUCCAUUUUUUGAGUUCGAGACUUUAGAUAACAGCAGAGAGAUAGUAGAAUAUCUGCACAAGAAAAUUUUUCCUCAUACCUACAGGCUCAACUGGUGAUACAAUAUAACAAUAAUAGAAUACAGACUGGUCUACAGCACCUUUAGGUACUGUGAAGUGUAUAUUUUUUGAAUGGGAGAACCACUCUACUUUCAAAGUAACUCCUCAUAGGAUGAUUUUAGCUUCUGAAUGUGAGGCUCUCCAGUUCCUGGAUGGAUUGAUGUACAAAGAAUGAAAAAGGGCAACAGAAUUUGUUAUUUUGUGUGAAUAUUUACUGCGGCUGAAUAAUAAUGGAAAAUGCUUGCAAAACCGUUCACGCUGAGUUUCCUGGGUAUUGCACUUUUCCUUUUAGAGUUGACAGAGAUAUGCUUAUAAAUGGGUAAAUACAUCAUUGUAUGUGGGGUUACUAAACGUUGCUAGACAUUCAAGUUGUUACUGAUCGGGGCUUUUCCAGUGGUACAAUAAAUUCAGUUGCACAGUGUCAAAUUAUGUACUGUCUUACACUCUGCAAUGCUGGAAUUAUUGGAGUUUCCAAAAUAUGUAAAGCAGGGUAGAAUUUUGCCUCUAGUGUGAAUCAAAAGGCUUAGUACUUAUGAAACAAAUUUAAAUACCCUAAAGAAAAGUAUUCUCAGAAUUGCAUAUAUAUUUAAACUUGUAUUGAUUUUUUUAAUAAUGUGAUUUUAAGUAUGCAAGUUUUCUCUUUACUAGGCAUUCUAAAUGUGAAAGAAAAUCAGUGCACUUCAUUCAUAUUUAUAUUAUUCUUAUUUAUAUUUUUCACCAUUUUAGAUUUCUGAGCUGUAUUACAUAGAACCUAAAAUACUAGUGGUUUUAAUGUUCAGUGACUCCAGUAAAGAGCACUAUGGCCCAUUGAUCAUAGAGUAAAAUAAUUUAUUUGAAAGUAUGAAAAAUUCAUUGCAUGGUCAUCAAUCCAGUGCUGUUUGUUAUAAAGCUCCUUUUCCAGAUAAAAUGAAGAAUUGUUCUUAAAGAUGAAACUUGAAUCCCCGGCUACCUUACACUGUCAAAUCAACCUUAUUUUCUCUGAUAGCAAGCGAAUAGAGUUACACAGGUGGCACUGAGGGCCUCAUUUGUUUGGCAGAGUCUGUGUUGCUGGAGAUGAUGUGUGAGAUAGAGGUAGCUCAGCUUGACUUGGAGAACACUGGAUGAGUUCAGUGGGGAAAAAUCUUCCAGCCAGGCUAGACUGUACAUUGGCUUUACUAUUUGCACAAGUAAUUACACAUCACUGGACAUAAAGGAAACAAAGUUAAGCAAGAUUGACCCUAAUUACUACAGAUGGCAGGUGACCUAAGUCAGAGGGAAAAUUCCUAUAGUUUUAAAACAAAACAAAAAUACAACUCUUCUUAUUUUGUUAAAACAUCCACCUCCUCUAGCAUCGGUUCUGUUUUUUUGUUUUGUUUUCUUCUGAGGGUACAUCUACACAAGGA